AUGCAUGGCGAUAACCUGGGUCAUCACUGGGAGCUCCUCAAAUCACUACUGCCUUUGUAUCAAGCACUGACAACGGUUCAGCUUGGAGAUGGGCGUUCCACUCUUCUCUGGACAAAUGUCUGGACAGGAGAUGAGGCACUGGAAGACCGCUUUCCAAGGCUGUUUUCCCACUGCAUCAACAAGGGGUGCACGCAAUUACAGCUCUCAGAUCAACCGGACAUGAGACUGUCGACUUUCAGUCGAACUAAGGACAAGCUGGACACAUCUGCCAUCUACCGUCUGCUCAAAGCCAGAGGACAAGAAAAUUAUCCAACAUCAACCUUUAUCUGGAGGAACGCUGCUCCUCCGCGUGUGCAGAUGUUCUUCUGGCUGCUGCUCGAAGGAAGAAUCCAAUGCAGGUCCAAUCUUUUCCCCAAAAAGAUCGUUGACUCUCCAGCCUGUCUAAUCUGCGGUGCUGCUCAUGAAACGCCGGAUCACAUCAUCUUUCAGUGCCCGAUCGCUGUCCAGUUCUGGUCAGCAAUUGGCAUACAGUCCACCUCAGGCCUCCAGUGCAGCAAUUGGCAAAACAUUCAGAAAAUCAGAGGCAUACCGGAUGAUCAGUACAGCGCGUUUGUCAUCCUAUGUUGCUGGGAGUUAUGGAAGCGGAGAAACGCUUCUGUUUUCAGAGACGAGCAAAUAAACCUUCGACAACUAAUCCUAUCAUGCAAGACCCAAGCUAACCUCUGGAGACCAAGAAUGCCCAAGAAGAGUAAAAAAGUCAUAGAGGACUGGACAAAGGUCCUAGACUCUGCGGUGAACACUAUAUCUAUGUAA